CUUACUCUUCUCUCUGCUCCUUCUCAUACUUCUCUCAAUCCACUUUCUACGUACCUCUCCCCAUCAACCAAACAUCAACACACCUCGUCGUCCAUCCAUUCUCACUCCAUUCCAGCCUCGCUCACGGUUGAUCAUUCACUUGCAUCUCAGCCCCCUUCAGCGACAGCCAAAGGAAUUCUCAUCGAAUUAUUAUCUCGUAUUGCCGUAUUUUGGCUGCGGCUUUCACUUGCUUAGACCACCGCCAUCCUCGCUUCCGUCGGCCAUAGAAACUUGGCGCUUCCGCAGGCCACGCGUCCCUUUUAGCGAGCCUGAACCACCCUCUUCAGGCACCCAGAUCCCUCUUGACCUUCUCGGGUCCCAAACAAACACUUCUCUCACUCACACUCCAUCACCCAAAAGGACACCGAACAAACAUCAACCCUUUCGAUCAUCCGAAUACCCUCAUCUCGACACGAGCUCUUCAUUGUACAUACGCUACUGAAGAGGCAAUCAUGUCUCCCGCCACCCAGCAAUCGACGUCCAUGUCGCACUCCAACUCCCAAGCCAGUUGCCACGACCCCUUGGACUCGCUGGUCGACUUCUCAGAGUACGACAAGAUGUCCUAUCAAUCCCCAUCCAUCUCGCCCUCGACAUCCAAGAGCCAAUUCACCGGCCGAGCUGUCUCCAACACUCCCUCCACCCUCCCAUCGAGUCAAUCCGACCUCAGCGGUCCCAGCCACAACUAUGGCAUGUACCGACAACAGACGGGCAUCCCCCAAGGAGCAGUAGCUAGCACCCUCGCAGUGAACCAGCAGAUGGGACAAUACAACUUCAGUGAGAGCUACCUCACGGGCUUCGGUGCCAACGACGACUUCGUCGACUUUGGCACGGCACCCAGCCGCAACGGAUCAUUCGACCCUUCCGUCGACAUGGACUUCGACUCUCCCAAACCCGAACCCGCGUUCUUCUACCCCGAACAAUCACCCGAGUUCGUGAACCCAUCUGCCAUCGGCGGAGGAAACCUAUCCGUGCCUUCAGCCGUCCUCCCAACACAGUCGAGCAACGUCGGUCGUCUGUGGCCGGGCAUGCACCAACAACAAGCCGCACUGGCCAAGGCUCAAGCCCAACAGAAGCAACAGCAACAGAUCAUCCAACAGCAGCGACAAAACGCCAUGGGCGCCCAACAAAGACAACAGCAAGCUCAACGACCACGAGGAUCCCAUCAACCCACCGACCCUAUUGUCGAGGAGAAGAUCUCGCAGCUGCUUAACUCGAUGAGACAAAGCAGUGUUGCAACGGAUGGGGACGAUGGCUCAGCGGGUGCCAACCACAUGGCUCACGUCCAACGCAUGCGCAAGGAAGAAGAAGACAUGGACGAGGACGAGCGACUGCUCGCUUCCGAAGAAGGAAAGAAGCUCAGCAGCAAAGAGCGCCGUCAACUCCGAAACAAAGUCUCCGCUCGUGCUUUCCGCUCAAGAAGAAAGGAAUACAUCUCCCAACUUGAGGGCGAGAUCGCCACCAAGGUAAACGAGAACCAAGACCUACGCUCGCAAAACCGCGCCUUGAUGGAAGAAAACACCCGCCUCUCGGACCUAACCAGAAUGCUCCUCUCAUCACCCUCCUUCUCCGGCUUCCUCGACACGCUAGCCUCCAACCCCGCCGCUGCUCAAACAGCUCAAGGCGUCGUUCAGCAACCACAAGCCCAGCCCCAACAACAGCAACAGCAGCAACUCAGAAAAGACAUCAACCCCUACGCCGCACAAUCACAGAUGCAACAGCAACAAAUCGGCAUGGCCAUGAUUCCCGAGCAGAGCAUGGACUUCUCCAUGCUCGAUCUCGGAAACGAUGGGUUCCCCGCCUACCAACCACAAGUCUUCUCCGUGCUCAGCAUCCCCGAAGCAGUGAUCGACACCGAAUCGUCGAGGAGAUCGUCGACGAGGAAUUCGAUGCCGAUCCCGCAUUCGCUCUCUUCUCUGCCCCCGCUGCUACCAAGUCCUCCUCGCCAUCAGCCCCAGCUUCAAUCGACCUCUCCUUCCUCGCCAACCUAUCCAUCAAGCCCUCUGCAUACGAACUCGUCGUCAUGGACGAUUCCUCGUCCCAAGCUGCCAUGCGUCGCGUGGAUAGACUAGCUGCCGAGAUGGACGCUUGCGUCGAGAGGUUAAUGAGUUUGACUAUGCAUAUGUAGUCUACUUAACUCAUUGCUGUCCUGGGAGGAACCUUGUGAUUUAAUUGCUGCGAUUUAGCGGGACUAAGAGGGCUACUGGCGUUCAUCUAUCUAUCUAUCAUCAAGAAGCUAUCUGUAUUUCCUUUGUCUGACUAGGUAUGGAGGGAAGGGAUGGGAUCAUUGUAAGAAGGGAACUGCGGCGAAGGAAAUUGGAACAUGCAUGAUUUUACGUGAAAUCCCAAACAUUUGAAUCAACCAACCAACCUAUCAA